CCUUAAUUGAGGAUUAUAAUAACGUGCAGCGAACGAAAAUUAAGACCACUUUAGAAUAAAUUCAUCACAAUUUAUGAGACACGACAUUAUUCUGUUAGCCGUAAAACCUUAGCCGUUUAUUAUCGUUUAAGGAUUAAAUAUGUACUUAGAUUAUACGGGAAUAGUUGCAUAUGGUAAUUUAUUUUAUAUAAGUCAUGUUUUAUGUUUAUCAGGCACUGUAAACUGCAUGAUACAGUAAAAUGUAAAUAGAUGAAUAUUGAGUGCUCAACUCCAAAAUCAUACCCCUUUUGUACAUUGGUGUAAGUUUCUUUCAAAUCUACCAUACUAAACUUUGUAUUGUUAGAAAACUGUGAUUUAAAUAAACAAUAUAAAAGAAUAAUAUCAAAACAUUCAUCUUCAGAAAAGAACGAUACUCAAGUAUAUUGAGUUUGGAAGCUUUCAAUAAGCUUCCAAAGAACGACGCGUACAGACAAGGGCAAAAGUUUUAAUUUUCUUAAGAUUUCGUAAAAGUUCAGAUUGUUUUUCUUGCUGAGGGGUGGGGUGAGCCCGGGAAGGCGGGACCAGCCGGGAGCAACAGGUCGACCCUAAUCAAUACGGAUGCUGCGACAUGCGCGGGAAAUAUCUCAGACGCCAUCAGCCAUGCGCUGUCUCCUGCUCGUAUCGCUGUCAAUUUUCACACCAGGGCAGUGCGACCUUCUCCGAGACAGCGUGCAUGUAACAUCAGCAGCAGCACGCCCCAACAAUGAGUUGUGGUGCUACAAAUGCCAUGCCGACGUGCCAGAUGACAAAUGUGCUGAUCUCCGACACAAUAACUCUGCGUUGAUGCACAAAUGCAAUAAUGAUAGACGAGUGUGCAUGGUCAAACGUUUCUCAUACACGACUUCUACGGAAAAUUCGACAACUGCACUCAAAAUGUGGGCUCUAGAGCGAAAUUGUACCAAACAUUGCGAGCCUGGUUGUAUUGUGAUUGGAGAAAGAACAAAAUUAUACGCCUGCACAUCUUGCUGCACAACCUCCUUUUGUAAUUAUGGAUCUGGAGGAAUUAGACUCGUUCUUAAUGCACUUUUAAUCUUUCUCGCACUAAUGACUUUAAGCAAAGAUAUCAUUUUGGUUAGCUAAAUAUAAUUAUACGAAUUAAA